UUCAAAUCUUGGACCUUGGGCGAAUAUCAACCUCUCUUCAUGCACACGAAUUCUUGGAGGAAAGAGCACAUUGUUCGCCAUUUUUCUAUAACCACACUGAUUCCUAAAGUGAUCCUAUUGACACCUCCGAUGCAGGAGAAUCCAGUGGUCAUGUGUUCAUUUACCUUCACUUCACGGGACUUGUUCACGUGUGCAUUCGCAUUGCUUAAUUCAUUUAAUCUAUUUAAUCCCAUUGUUUACUUUUUCAGCAAUCCUUCACCUGACACAAAUGUUUCAUCGUCACAGAUUAAGGCAUCGACGUCUUUCCCUUGGGAUUCAUCAGGUGUCUCUUAUCACAGAGCUGUGUUGUUGUGA